UUGAAUUCAUUCCGAUCGGAGUUCUCGUGCCGAGCGGUCGAUUCAUACGCUAGCCCUGGGCGAACCGUCGGCAGUCGCGCCGGCGCCGCCGUCGGCGAUGGACCACGACGAGGACAGGUCCUUGUCUUUGGGGACGGAGGUAUCUGCCUCCGUGCCCCCACCGAGCCCUCUUACGGGAUGUUAUUUGCUCGCGGUGAUCGGGGAGCCCCACACUCACGAGCACAAGGAGAUUAUUCUGCAGCGGCUUGUUAAAGGGCUGCUGUCAUGGGACGCAGGAGAGCACCAGGUCGACCUGGAGAAGGAGUUAUCCACCCUCACGGCGCAGGCACCCGAGGGGGAGGAAGCUCGCUAUGGCGAACGUCUGAUACAGUUCGCUUCGGAGAACCUGGUGACGGAGAUCCUGAUCCACCCUCAGAUGAACACGCUGAUGCAGUGCAUGCGCAACCUGCUCAGCUCCUUCACUCGACACAGGCACCUUGUGCACGCUGGAUAUACAUUCGCUGGGAACGGCUCCUGGAUCAUGCAGGACGGGACCUUUUCCCUAGCUGACUUCACUGAUGCUUACCAAGAGAAUGAGGUACAGCGCGUCAUCCGCGCCUAUGAGAAUUCGAUUUCUAUUGAUGUUCACUGCUCUACCAGUGGUGGGGGAGAAUGGGCCAAGCUCCCGGAGAUGCCCUUCGUGAAAUACUGCAAGAUUAGGGUCAACCCUACUGAUAUACUCGACUCUGGCUCUCAAGCCAUCAAGGAUUUUAUUGCAUACCUGGACCCAUACGUGGUACCAGCAAGCCUGGACCAGCUCCUGGUGUCGAGCGACGUGGUGGGCAACAUCAGGUUCAGCCACCCCACGCUCUACGUGUUCCCAGGAGGACAAGGAGACGCCGCGCUGUUCGGCAUCAACGGAUUUAAUAUGCUUGUUGACGGAGGCUUCUCCCGCAAGGCUUGCUGGUGGGACUUCGCCCGCCACCUGGACCGUCUCGACGCAGUCCUGUUCACCAGGCUCAACAACUGCUCCGUCUCCGGCAUGGCGUCAGUCCUGCGCAGGAAGGCUGGAGCUACUGUCUACCCACAGAUUGGACACUUCUUCUGUAACUUAGAAGAAAGGCGCGCUCUCGCGAGCCCUGACGGAGACAAGGACACGGAUCCCCUGCUAGUGUCGCUGCUGCAGGAGGGCUCCGACAUGAUGGCCGACCUGCGCCACAUCAACCUCAAGCCACAACACUGCUACAGAAACCCAGAGCCCAUCAAUCUCUACCACAAAGUUGGGCAUGGUACCCUCGACAUGUACGUACUGAAUCCGUCCAAGGACUCUAAAUACGUUCGUGAAUUCUUAAAACGUUGGCACAACAGUGAACAAAAGUUAUUUGAAGGUGCGAGUGUGUCCGGACAGUUUAACUUCCCGAUACCUAACUUAGUUUCAAUCUGUGCGUUACUAGUGUGGCGCCCAGCCAACCCCGAUGACACGAUCACGAGGAUUAUGUUCCCAGGAUCGACACCACAACACAAAAUAUUCGAAGGCUUAGAAAAACUUAAACACUUAGAAUUCCUACAACAUCCCACUUGCACAGGCAGGCAAAUGGCACCCACGGUACCAGCUGUCACCGCCACAGCAACUACAGUUACAACUACAAAAACUAGCGCCAAGACGACAACCAAAUCUAGUAAAGAAAGAAGCAUCAUUACAGAAAAAACGAAAGAUGAAAAAAUUGUUGAACCCGAACCACCUCCAAAAGACCUCAAAGAAGGUGAAACAAAGAAUAUAAUAGACAAUAAACUACUUAGUGAACUCGUAGAUGGGGAAGAUAAAAUGGACUCCGUCUUACACGAGGCUAUAACUGCGAGGAUAGAAACUAAACUAGAUGAUAAGAUUGCUCAAUACGAGAGCACUGUGAUAGAUGGUCUGCCUAAAAAGAAAGAUGUCAAGAAGAAGGCUGUGGAUAAGAAAACGAAACGCGUUGAUAAGACUGAUGAAGUUAAAGACUCUGUAGUUAAGGCUGAUGCUAAAAAAGUUGACGCCGAACCGAAAACAAAAGUAGAAAAGAAAACUAAAGUUGACACACGCAAAUCUGAAAUGACGUCGUCAAUUACAAGAAGUAAAAUCAGUCAUCGCGCAACGCGGGCUGUUUCAGAGCGAAAAGCGACAUCAAGUAUAGAGAAAAAAGCAGGAUCAGAAGACAAAAAAUCACCUCCAACUACACCUAAAAAAUUAGCUGAUACUAAAACUACUCCAUCCGUACCAGUUUUAAAAGACAAAAUAAAAGCCAAAACUAGAAGACUGAGUCCAGGAAGCACCCCAGCUAAGAGCACUAAAGAAGCGAAAAAUCGUAUGGUUGUCGAAUCAAAAUACAAACAAGCAUCGCCCAAACGAGAAACCACAGCAAAAUCAUCUGAAAAGAAAGAAACUAAAGCUAAACGGGAACCUAUCUCGCGCCGGCCAAGACCCUUAUCAUCACCGGUGAAAGGGUUGAAAGCUAUGAAGAGCCCAACCAAAUCUGUGAAGUCAGUUAAAGGAGAUGCCUCAAAAUUAAAGGGUUUACAAAGAGUAAAUUAUGAAGAUAUACUGAAAGAUGCAAAGAAAUCUGAUGAAGACACAUCCAAAUCCCUCGAUGAUAUUAAACAACAAGAGUUGGAUGAAAGAGAAGAACAAGAAAUCGUAAGAGAAAUUGAAGCUGUCUUCAAUAGGGACAGCGAAGCUGAAGAGAAAAUUGAAUUUGUAGGACGGUCGGAUAUUGAAAAAAUUACAUGCCUGUUAGAUGAUACUAAGACUGAAACGACUGCCGACGGCGAAUUUGAAGAAGAAUAUCUUAUAAUCGAAAAAGAAGAAGUUGAACAGUAUACUGAAGACUCUGCUGUGGAACGAGAGGAUAGUCACGAGCAUGAAGAUGAAUUACAAAAACAUGCUAAAGAUAAAGAGGAAUCUGAGAAAAAGAAAGAUAUUACAGUACUAGAAAAACCUGAAGAAACACAAAUCAAGACUGAAGCAGUUAUCGAAACUGAUACGAAACAAAUUGAAUCUAAAGAACACUCAGUGAGCGUUGAAGAAAAACAAGACAUUAGCAGUGAAAAGAAAACCUCUGAUAGUAAAAGUAUUCCUAAACCGAAAGAUUCUCUUGAAAUGCAGGUUCAAGAGUCUCAGCCGGAUGAGAAGAUUUCUACUACUAUUGAAUCAGGGGCAACCACUGCACCAACGCUACCUGAAGAUGAAAGGAUAACACUUGAUGAUAUUAAAGAGGAUCAACAGGUUGAAGAAAAACACGUUCAAGAAGAGACUAAGGAAGUAAUUCCACCACAAAGUUUAAUCGAUACAAAACCGUUAUCACUAGAAAAGAGUCCUAAACUCGAAUCUGUUCCAGUUCCAAUAAGAGAAAUCGUCAAGACUCCAGAUGAAGUAGCCGAUUUACCUUUGCAUGAAGAAGUUGACUACAGAACUUACGUAGAAAAGAAAACACCAGAGGAAGAAUUCGUAAAACGAAAAUCUGAUGACGUCAAAGUUCCUACAGACCUACCUCUCCUAGAUCAAGAAGGUGGAGUAACAUACAAAGGAAUGAAAGCUGUUCAAGAUGAUGUUGUUAUCAAAACAGUGCAACGUGCGUCCCAUGCUGAACUUGUUACUGUCACACCUGGAUCGGCUCCAGAGUCCCCAAUGUACCACGAACAAAUGAAAGUGUCAGCAGUCCCCGAUAAAGACUUAAAACCAGUUAAAGAAUAUGAUGAUGGAGAAUACGACUACGGGCAGUAUACUGAGAAAUUACGAGAAACUCACAUUACAACUCUCGAUUCACCAAUAAAAGAUGAUAUUAUUGUAAUCGAAGAGAUUCCUUGUAUGCCCGAAAAGAUCCCUUCAAUACCAGAAGAUGUUGAAAAAGAGAUUGAAGAAGCUCGUAAGUUAGAAAUGCCCGACAAACCUCCUUUGAGUCCUAAAGAAGUGGAAAAAAUCGUUGCUGAUGUUGCUGAAGUACUUAAAUCAGACAAAAGCUUAGAUGAAAUCAUGGCUGAGAAAUCACCUUUGCUUAGCAAAUCUCCGGAAGUUUUUCCAAGCACGCCAGUUACUGUUAGUGCUAUCGAAGCUACAAAAAUGCUCUUAACUAGUGAACAAGCAAUUAAGCACGAUCUUCAUGAAGAACUCAAAGAGACAAAAGCUCUUGAUGCAAAGCCACAUGAAAGCUCUGAAAUACAAAAAGAAGUAUCACCAGCCCGAUCCAUUACAUCGGAUGAUGUAAGUGAAACCUCAGACAAGACAGUGCUCAGUGAAAGCAAACGAGUCAAACGAGAACUCGUAGAUGAAACGAUCAUCGAAAAAGUCGAUGAUGUUAAAGAAAGUGUACAAAAAGAAAUUAGUUCUGAUGUAACUGAUCAUAUUGUUAAAGAAGAAUCUUUACCCAAGGACUUAGAAGAAAAGCCCGAAAAACGAGUAAUCACCACACUAGAAUCAGCAAAAACGUUAGAAAAACUGGAGGAAAAAAUUGCUGAUCUUAAGAGAAAAGAAGAGAAAACUUUACAAGAAAAGACUGAAGUUUCAGACGAACCCGUUAAAGACAAAUCGCCUUCUGAAGAAAAAGAAGUUUCGGAAAAAGAAAUUCCGAAAAAGACUUUAUUGCAAAAGGCUGAAACUAAAGUUGAAAAAGUUGCCGAAAAAGUGUCGGCAUUCAAAGAUGAAGUUUUCGGAUUCUUCGGCAAAAAAACUGACAAGAAAGAGCCAAGCCCAGAAAAAGAAAGUCCCGAAAAAGAUAAAGUAAAGGAAACUGAAACCAAAAAAGAAUCAGUUUCCAAAACACCAAGCCCCACUAAAGUAGAACCUUCUGAAGAUCUUUUGAUAGAAAAAGAAAAGCCUGGAGUAUCAAUAUUCGAUGAAAUGAAAGACCAUAUUAUUGAUGUUACCAAAGAUGCUACAAAAGAACUAGAUUUGAAGAAACUCACGCCUGAAGAACUAAUUUCUAGUGAAAAAGAGCCAAGUCCAGAUAUCUCAGACGAUAAGCUUCCUAGCUUAAUCUACGAUGAAGAUCAAGAAUUAGACAUUGAAGAAAGAUUGAUUGGAUUUGAACCCAGUGGUAAACCAGAGGAAUUCACAACAACACAAGUUACAACAAUUACUGAGAAAGGUAUCGUCAUCAUUAGGAAGUCAACAAUAACAACUAUUUUACAAGAAUAUAGUAAUGUUACUCGAACGAUUGUUAGAUAUAAAACCACUGUUCUAACUAUUGAAGAUGAUGAACUUCCAGAUGGUAAAAAGACUGGAAGAACGUACAGAAAAGUAUCUCUUUCUCAUGAACGACCAAAACUUGGUAUAACAAAAGCGGAUGAAAAGCCACCUAGCCCUGUUAAGCUUGAUAAAGAGGAGCCACAAAAAGACAAAAUUGACGACAAGCCUAGUUUGCCCGUUCAAACUGAAGAAAAACUAUCAAAAUCCACGGAUUUAGAAGAUAAAACAGUUUUGACGACCUCCAAACCAGACUUAAUUUAUAAUGAAGAUGAGGAAUUAGAAAUUGAAGAACGACUAAUGGCUUUUGAACCGGCUGGAAAACCAGAAGAAGUAACUACUACACAAAUAACAACAAUUACAGAAAAAGGUAUCUUAAUCAAAAGAAAAUGCAUAGUGACGACAAUCCUACAAGAAUACACUAAUGUAUCUAAAACGACAUUCAGAUAUAAAACUACUGUUUUAACGAUUGAAGAAGACGAGAUGCCGGAUGGUGCCAAAUUUAGUCGAACCACCCGAAAAGUCUCCCUUGCUUAUGAAAAACCGAAACUGCCAUCUCCUGCACCUAGCGAAAAAUCUAUUAGUUCAGAAGUAGAUAUAUCGGAAAAAUUAUCUGAAAGAACAACAGUCGAAAAGGAUGAAGGAGAACCUAUUGCAGGUACCCUUGAUGACAAAAUAGUUAGUCCAGUAAAAUCAGAGGAACCUGUUUCUCCAAAACCAGACGGAACAACACCUACUUUAAUCUGGGAUGAGUCACAAGAAGCAGAAAUUGAUGAGAUAUUAAAAGAUUUUAUGGCUUUGGGUAAACCUGAAGAACACACUAUUCAUAAAGAUGAAACUGUCAUUGUGAAAGGAGUAAAGGUAAUGAGAGAAUAUAUAAUUACUACAGUAAUCACUGAAUUUAAACAUGUCACUAAAAAAAUUAUAAAAUAUAAGGUAUGCAUUAUGACUAUAGAAGCCGAUGAUUACCCCGAUGGUUCUAAGUAUACCCGUGUUUUUAGACAAAUGAAACUUUUCGAUAAGAAACCUGUUCCUGUACCAUUUGAAUUCGAAGAUAAAUUACAAAUCCCUGAAGAAGGGUCAAAUGUGGUAACGAGUGUUAGGACUAUGCUUGCCGUAGCCAAUAAAAAACCAGAACUUGACAAACCAGAUGAUAAAGCCAUUGGUCUACCGAUAGCUAGCAAGAAAGAACAAGAUUUAAUCGAGCAUGAGGAAAAGUCACCCAGCCCAGUGCAUCUUGACGAGAAAGCACCCAGUCCCGACAAAAUGGACGACAAAGAGCCUAGCCCAAUCAAGCCUGAUGAGAGGAAACCAAGUCUCAUCACGCCAGACGACAAGGCACCCAGCCCAGUGCAUCUCGAUGAGAAAGCACCCAGCCCAGUGCAUCUCGAUGAGAAAGCACCCAGCCCAGUGCAUCUGGAUGAGAAAGCACCCAGCCCAAUCAAGCCCGAUGAGAGGAAGCCAAGUCUCAUCACACCAGAAGAAAAGGCACCUAGCCCAGUUCAUCUCGACGAGAAAAUACCCAGCCCAGUACAAGUACAUCUCGAUGAGAAAGUACCCAGCCCAGUCAAAUUAGAUGACAAAGAACCAAGCUCGGUUAAGCCUGAAGAGAGGAAGCCAAGUCUCAUCACGCCAGACGACAAGGCACCUAGCCCAGUGCAUCUCGAUGAGAAAGCACCCAGCCCAGUGCAUCUGGAUGAAAAGGUACCCAGCCCAGUCAAGCCUGAUGACAAAGAACCUGGCCUGGUCAAGCCCGAUGAGAGGAAGCCAAGUCUCAUCACUCAAGACGAAAAGGCUCCCAGCCCAGUCAAGCCUGAUGAGAGGAAGCCAAGUCUCAUCACACCAGAAGAAAAGGUACCCAGCCCAGUCAAGCCAGACGAGAAAGAGCCUAGCCCAGUCAAGCCUGAUGAUAGAAAGCCAAGUCUCAUCACACCAGAAGACAAGGUACCCAGCCCAGUCAAGCCAGACGAGAAAGAGCCUAGCCCAGUCAAGCCUGAUGAGAGGAAGCCAAGUCUCAUCACAUCAGAAGACAAGGCACCUAGCCCAGUGCAUCUCGACGAGAAAAUACCCAGCCCAGUACAAGUACAUCUCGAUGAGAAAGUACCCAGCCCAGUCAAAUUAGAUGACAAAGAACCAAGCUUGGUUAAGCCUGACGAGAGGAAGCCAAGUCUCAUCACACCAGACGACAAGGCACCCAGCCCAGUCAAGCCAGACGAGAAAGAGCCUAGCCCAGUCAAGCCUGAUGAGAGGAAACCAAGUCUCAUCACACCAGAAGAAAAGGCACCUAGCCCAGUGCAUCUCGACGAGAAAGCACCCAGCCCAGUCAAGCCCGAUGACAAAGAACCAAGCCCAGUUAAGCCUGAAGAGAGGAAACCAAGUCUCAUCACGCCAGACGACAAGGCACCCAGCCCAGUGCAUCUGGAUGAGAAAGCACCCAGCCCAGUGCAUCUGGAUGAAAAGGUACCCAGCCCAGUCAAGCCCGAUGACAAAGAACCAAGCUUGGUUAAGCCUGAUGAGAGGAAGCCAAGUCUCAUCACGCAAGACGAAAAGGCUCCCAGCCCAGUGCAUCUCGAUGAGAAAGCACCCAGCCCAGUGCAUCUCGAUGAGAAAGCACCCAGCCCAGUGCAUGUCGACGAGAAAGCACCCAGCCCAGUGCAUCUCGAUGAGAAAGCACCCAGCCCAGUGCAUCUGGAUGAAAAGGUACCCAGCCCAGUCAAGCCUGAUGACAAAGAACCAAGCUUGGUUAAGCCUGACGAAAGGAAGCCAAGUCUCAUCACGCAAGACGAAAAGGCACCUAGCCCGGUGCAUCUUGACGAAAAAGCACCCAGUCCCGACAAAUUGGAUGAUAAAGAACCUAGCCUGGUCAAGCCUGAUGAGAGGAAGCCAAGUCUCAUCACACCAGAAGAAAAGGUACCCAGCCCAGUCAAGCCAGACGAGAAAGAGCCUAGCCCAGUCAAGCCUGAUGAUAGGAAACCAAGUCUCAUCACGCCAGAAGAAAAGGCACCUAGCCCAGUACAUCUCGACGAGAAAGCACCCAGCCCAGUACAUCUCGAUGAUAAAGCACCCAGUCCCGACAAAGUGGAUGAUAAAGAACCUAGCCUGGUCAAGCCUGAUGAGAGGAAGCCAAGUCUCAUCACGCAAGACGAAAAGGCUCCCAGCCCAGUCAAGCCAGACGAGAAAGAGCCCAGCCCAGUCAAGCCAGAUGAGAAAGAGCCUAGCCCAGUCAAGCCUGAUGAGAGGAAGCCAAGUCUCAUCACACCAGAAGAAAAGGCACCUAGCCCAGUCAAGCCAGACGAGAAAGAGCCUAGCCCAGUCAAGCCUGAUGAUAGGAAGCCAAGUCUCAUCACACCAGAAGACAAGGCACCUAGCCCAGUACAUCUCGACGAGAAAGCACCUAGUCCAGUACAUCUAGAUGAAAGAGUACCCAGCCCAGUCAAGCCCGAUGACAAAGAACCAAGCUUGGUUAAGCCUGACGAGAGGAAGCCAAGUCUCAUCACACCAGAAGAAAAGGCACCUAGCCCAGUCAAGCCAGACGAGAAAGAGCCUAGCCCAGUCAAGCCUGAUGAUAGGAAACCAAGUCUCAUCACGCCAGAAGACAAGGCACCUAGCCCAGUACAUCUCGACGAAAAAGCACCCAGUCCAGACAAAGUGGAUGAUAAAGAACCUAGCCUGGUCAAGCCCGAUGAGAGGAAGCCAAGUCUCAUCACACCAGAAGAACAGGCACCUAGUCCAGUCAAGCCAGACGACAAAGAGCCUAGCCCAGUCAAGCCUGAUGAGAGGAAGCCAAGUCUCAUCACACCAGAAGACAAGGCACCUAGCCCAGUGCAUCUCGACGAGAAAAUACCCAGCCCAGUACAAGUACAUCUCGAUGAGAAAGUACCCAGCCCAGUCAAAUUAGAUGACAAAGAACUAAGCUUGGUUAAGCCUGACGAGAGGAAGCCAAGUCUCAUCUCGGAAGACGAAAAGGCUCCCAGCCCAGUCAUCUCGAUGAGAAAGCACCCAGUCCAGUCAUCACCAGAAGACAAGGCACCUAGCCCAGUCAAGCCAGAUGAGAAAGAGCCAGCCCAGUCAAAAGAAAAGGCUCCUAGUCCAGUCAAGCCAGAUGAGAAAGAGCCUAGUCCAGUCAAGCCUGACGAGAGGAAGCCAAGUCUCAUCACACAAGACGAAAAGGCAUCCUAGCCCAGUGCAUCUCGACGAGAAAGCACCCAGCCCGACAAAUCUGGACGAAAAGAGCCUAGCCCAGUCAAGCCUGAUGAGAGGAAGCCAAGUCUCAUCACACCAGAAGACAAAGCACCUAGCCCAAAUCUCGACGAGAAAAUACCCAGCCCAGUCAAGCCUGAUGAGAGGAAGCCAAGUCUCAUCACACCAGAAGAAAAGGCACCUAGCCCAGUCAAGCCAGACGACAAAGAGCCUAGUCCAGUCAAGCCUGAUGAGAGGAAGCCUAGUCUCAUCACACCAGAAGACAAGGCUCCUAGUCCAGUCAAGCCAGACGACAAAGAGCCUAGUCCAGUCAAGCCUGAUGAGAGGAAGCCUAGUCUCAUCACACCAGAAGAAAAGGCACCUAGCCCAGUGCAUGUCGACGAGAAAGAGCCUAGCUCAGUCAAGCCUGAUGAUAGGAAGCCAAGUCUCAUCACACCAGAAGAAAAGGCACCUAGCCCAGUACAUCUCGAUGAAAAAGCACCCAGUCCAGUACAUCUCGAUGAUAAAGCACCCAGUCCCGAUAAAGUGGAUGAUAAAGAACCUGGCCUGGUCAAGCCCGAUGAGAGGAAGCCAAGUCUCAUCACACCAGAAGAAAAGGCACCCAGUCCAGUCAAGCCAGACGAGAAAGAGCCUAGCCCAGUCAAGCCUGAUGAGAGGAAGCCAAGUCUCAUCACACCAGACGACAAGGCUCCCAGCCCAGUCAAGCCUGAUGAGAGGAAGCCAAGUCUCAUCACACCAGAAGAGAGGAAGCCAAGUCUUAUCACACUAGACGACAAGGCACCCAGCCCAGUCAAGCCUGACGAUAAAGAGCCUAGCCCAGUCAAGCCUGAUGAGAGGAAGCCAAGUCUCAUCACACCAGAAGACAAGGCACCUAGCCCAGUCAAGCCAGACGACAAAGAGCCUAGUCCAGUCAAGCCUGAUGAGAGGAAGCCUAGUCUCAUCACACCAGAAGACAAGGCACCAAGCCCAGUGCAUCUCGACGAGAAAGCACCCAGCCCAGUACAUCUCGACGAAAAAACACCCAGCCCAGUCAAGCCCGAUGACAAAGAACCAAGCUUGGUUAAACCUGACGAGAGGAAGCCAAGUCUUAUCACACUAGACGACAAGGCACCCAGCCCAGUCAAGCCUGAUGAGAGGAAGCCAAGUCUCAUCACACCAGAAGAAAAGGCACCUAGCCCAGUCAAGCCAGACGACAAAGAGCCUAGCCCAGUCAAGCCUGAUGAGAGGAAGCCAAGUCUCAUCACACCAGAAGACAAGGCACCUAGCCCAGUGCAUCUCGACGAGAAAGCACCCAGCCCAGUACAUCUCGAUGAUAAAGCACCCAGUCCCGACAAAGUGGACGAGAAAGAGCCUAGCCCAGUCAAGCCUGAUGAGAGGAAGCCAAGUCUCAUCACACAAGAAGACAAAGCACCUAGCCCAGUGCAUGUCGACGAGAAAGAGCCUAGCCCAGUCAAGCCUGAUGAGAGCAAGCCAAGUCUCAUCACACCAGACGACAAGGCACUCAGUCCAGUCAAGCCGGACGAGAAAGAGCCUAGCCCAGUCAAGCCUGAUGAGAGGAAACCAAGUCUCAUCACGCCAGAAGAAAGGGCACCCAGCCCAGUGCAUCUAGAUGAGAAAGCACCCAGCCCAGUCAAGCCUGAUGAGAGGAAGCCAAGUCUCAUCACACCAGAAGAAAAGGCACCUAGCCCGGUUCAUCUCGACGAGAAAGCACCCAGCCCAGUACAUCUCGAUGAUAAAGCACCCAGUCCUGACAAAGUGGACGAGAAAGAGCCUAGCCCAGUCAAGCCUGAUGAGAGGAAGCCAAGUCUCAUCACGAAAGACGACAAGGCACCUAGCCCAGUGCAUCUCGACGAGAAAAUACCCAGUCCCGACAAAAUGGAUGAUAAAGAACCUAGCCUGGUCAAGCCCGAUGAGAGGAAGCCAAGUCUCAUCACACCAGAAGAAAAGGCACCUAGCCCGGUUCAUCUCGACGAGAAAGCACCCAGCCCAGUGCAUCUCGAUGAGAAAGCACCCAGCCCAGUGCAUCUGGAUGAAAAGGUACCCAGCCCAGUCAAGCCCGAUGACAAAGAACCAAGCUUGGUUAAGCCUGACGGAAGGAAGCCAAGUCUCAUCACGCCAGACGACAAGGCACCCAGCCCAGUGCAUCUCGAUGAGAAAGCACCCAGCCCAAUCAAGCCCGAUGAGAGGAAGCCAAGUCUCAUCACACCAGAGGAAAAGGCACCCAGCCCAGUCAAGCCCGACGACAAAGAGCUUAGCCCGGCUAAGCUUGAUGAGAAAAAACCGAGUCUCAUCACACCAUUAGAAAAGGCGCCCAGCCCAGUACAUCCAGAUGAAAAAACAUCCAGCCCAGUUAAACCCGAUGAAAAAGAGCCUAGUUCAGUAAAACCUGAUGAAAGAAAGCCCAGUCUUAUCACGCCAGAAGAAAAAGCAUCCAGUCCAGUACAUCUCGAAGAGAAAGUCCCUACACCAGUGAAGAUAGAUGACAAAGUAGAGGAAAAAGAAUUAAAUGACCAUCUUGACGAGAAAGCGCCUAGCCCAACUAAGCCUGAUGACAAGGCUCCCAGCCCAAUCAAGCCUGAUGACAAAGAAACUGCAGAUGACCAUCUUGACGAGAAAGCGCCUAGCCCAGCUAAGCCUGAUGAAAAGGCCCCCAGUCCAGUCAAGCCUGAUGAGAAGGCAGCCAGUCCAGUCAAGCCUGAUGAGAAGGCACCCAGCCCUAUCAAGGUUGAUGAGAAGGAAACUGCAGAUGACAAGCUUGACAAGCUUGAUGAGAAAGAACCUAGUCCAGUCAAGCCUGAUGAGAAGGCAGCCAGUCCAGUCAAGCCUGAUGAGAAGGAGACUGCAGAUGACAAGCUUGACAAGGCGCCUAGCCCAGCUAAGCUUGAUGAGAAAGAACCUAGUCCAGUCAAGCCUGAUGAGAAGGCUGCCAGUCCAGUCAAGCCUGAUGAGAAGGAGACUGCAGAUGACAAGCUUGACAAGGCGCCUAGCCCAGCUAAGCUUGAUGAGAAAGAACCUAGUCCAAUCAAGCCUGAUGAGAAGGCAGCCAGCCCGGUCAAGCCCGAUGAGAAGGAGACUGCAGAUGACAAGCUUGACAAGCUUGAUGAUAAAGAACCUAGUCCAGUCAAAGCUGAUGAGGAGGCACCCAGCCCUAUCAAGGUUGAUGAGAAGGAAACUGCAGAUGACAAGCUUGACAAGGCGCCCAGCCCAGCUAAGCUUGAUGAGAAAGAACCUAGUCCAGUCAAGCCUGAUGAGAAGGCUGCCAGUCCAGUCAAGCCUGAUGAGAAGGCUGCCAGUCCAGUCAAGCCUGAUGAGAAGGAGACUGCAGAUGACAAGCUUGACAAGGCGCCUAGCCCAGCUAAGCUUGAUGAGAAAGAGCCAAGCCUAGUCCAACUUGAUGAUAAAGAACCUAGUCCAGUCAAGCCUGAUGAGAAGGCACCCAGCCCUAUCAAGGUUGAUGAGAAGGAAACUGCAGAUGACAAGCUUGACAAGGCGCCCAGCCCAGCUGAGCUUGAUGAGAAAGAACCUAGUCCAGUCAAGCCUGAUGAGAAGGCAGCCAGUCCAGUCAAGCCUGAUGAGAAGGCUGCCAGUCCAGUCAAGCCUGAUGAGAAGGAGACUGCAGAUGACAAGCUUGACGAUAAAGUGCCUAGCCCAGUCAAGCUUGAUGACAAAGAGCCAAGCCCAGUCAAGCCUGACGAGAAGGUACCUAGUCCAGCCAAACCUGACGAGAAAGCACCUAGCCCAGUCAAGCCUGACGAGAAAGAACCUAGCGCGGUUAAGCCCGAUGAGAGGAAACCAAGUCUCAUCACGACAGACGAUAAGGCACCUAGCCCAAUCAAGCUAGAUGACAAAGAGCCUAGCCCAGUCAAGCCUGAAGAGAGGAAGCCAAAACAAGUACACCUCGAUGAGAAAGUACCCAGUCCAGUCAAGCCUGACGAGAAAGCACCUAGCCCAGUCAAGCCUGACGAGAAAGCGCCUAGCCCAGUCAAGCCUGACGAUAAAGAGACUGCCGAUGACAAGCUUGACGAGAAGGUGGCUAGCCCAGUCAAGCCUGACGAGAAAGCACCUAGCCCAGUCAAGCCUGACGAGAAGGAGACUGCCGAUGAUAAGCUUGACGAGAAGGUGCCUAGCCCAGUCAAGCCUGACGAGAAAGCGCCUAGCCCAGUCAAGCCUGACGAGAAAGCGCCUAGCCCAGUCAAGCCUGACGAGAAAGCGCCUAGCCCAGUCAAGCCUGACGAGAAAGCACCUAGCCCAGUCAAGCCUGACGAUAAAGAGACUGCCGAUGACAAGCUUGACGAUAAGGUGGCUAGCCCAGUCAAGCCUGAUGAGAAAGCGCCUAGCCCAGUCAAGCCUGACGAGAAAGCACCUAGUCCAGUCAAGCCUGAUGAGAAGGAGACUGCAGAUGACAAGCUUGACAAGGCGCCUAGCCCAGCCAAGCUUGAUGAGAAAGCAGCUAGUCCAGUCAAGCCUGAUGAGAAGGAGACUGCCGUUGACAAGCUUGACGAGAAGGUGGCUAGCCCAGUCAAGCCCGACGAGAAAGCACCUAGCCCAGUCAAGCCUGACGAGAAGGAGACUGCCGAUGACAAGCUUGACGAGAAGGUGGCUAGCCCAGUCAAGCCUGACGAGAAAGCACCUAGCCCAGUCAAGCCUGACGAGAAGGAGACUGCCGAUGAUAAGCUUGACGAGAAGGUGCCUAGCCCAGUCAAGCCUGACGAGAAAGCGCCUAGCCCAGUCAAGCCUGACGAGAAAGCGCCUAGCCCAGUCAAGCCUGACGAGAAAGCGCCUAGCCCAGUCAAGCCUGACGAGAAAGCGCCUAGCCCAGUCAAGCCUGACGAGAAGGAGACUGCCGAUGACAAGCUUGACGAGAAGGUGGCUAGCCCAGUCAAGCCCGACGAGAAAGCACCUAGCCCAGUCAAGCCCGAUGACAAAGAGCCCAGCCCAGUCAAGCCUGACGAGAAGGAGACUGCCGAUGACAAGCUUGACGAGAAGGUGGCUAGCCCAGUCAAGCCUGACGAGAAAGCACCUAGCCCAGUCAAGCCUGACGAGAAGGAGACUGCCGAUGAUAAGCUUGACGAGAAGGUGCCUAGCCCAGUCAAGCCUGACGAGAAAGCGCCUAGCCCAGUCAAGCCUGACGAGAAAGCGCCUAGCCCAGUCAAGCCUGACGAGAAAGCACCUAGCCCAGUCAAGCCUGACGAUAAGGAGACUGCCGAUGACAAGCUUGACGAGAAGGUGCCUAGCCCAGCCAAGCCCGACGAGAAAGCACCUAGCCCAAUCAAGCCUGACGAGAAAGCACCUAGCCCAGUCAAGCCUGACGAUAAAGAGACUGCCGAUGACAAGCUUGACGAGAAGGUGGCUAGCCCAGUCAAGCCUGACGAGAAAGCGCCUAGCCCAGUCAAGCCUGACGAGAAAGCACCUAGCCCAGUCAAGCCUGACGAGAAGGAGACUGUCGAUGACAAGCUUGACGAGAAGGUGCCUAGCCCAGUCAAGCCUGACGAGAAAGCGCCUAGCCCAGUCAAGCCUGACGAGAAAGCGCCUAGCCCAGUCAAGCCUGACGAGAAAGCACCUAGCCCAGUCAAGCCUGACGAGAAAGCACCUAGCCCAGUCAAGCCCGAUGACAAGGUGCCUAUCCCAGACAAGCCUGACGAGAAAGAACCUAGCCCGGUUAAGCCCGAUGAGAGGAAACCAAGUCUCAUCACGGCAGACGAUAAGGCACCCAGUCCAGUCAAGCCAGAUGACAAAGAGCCCAGCCCAGUCAAGCCUGAAGAGAGGAAGCCAAGUCUAAUCACAUCCGAAGAAAAGGCACCUAGCCCAGAACAAUUCGACGAAAAAAUACCUAGCCCAGAACAAGUACACCUCGAUGAGAAAGUACCCAGUCCAGUCAAGCCUGACGAAAAAGCACCUAGCCCAGUCAAGCCUGACGAGAAAGCGCCUAGCCCAGUCAAGCCUGACGAGAAAGCACCUAGCCCAGUCAAGCCUGACGAUAAGGAGACUGCCGAUGACAAGCUUGACGAGAAGGUGCCUAGCCCAGUCAAGCCCGACGAGAAAGCGCCUAGCCCAGUCAAGCCUGACGAGAAAGCGCCUAGCCCAGUCAAGCCUGACGAGAAGGAGACUGCCGAUGACAAGCUUGACGAGAAGGUGCCUAGCCCAGUCAAGCCUGACGAGAAAGCACCUAGCCUAGUUAAGCCCGAUGACAAAGUGCCUAGCCCAGUCAAGCCUGACGAGAAGGAGACUGCCGAUGACAAGCUUGACGAGAAGGUGCCUAGCCCAGUCAAGCCUGAUGAGAAAGCACCUAGCCCAGUCAAGCCUGACGAGAAGGAGACUGCCGAUGACAAGCUUGACGAGAAGGUGCCUAGCCCAGUCAAGCCUGAUGAGAAAGCACCUAGCCCAGUCAAGCCUGACGAGAAAGCACCUAGCCCAGUCAAGCCUGACGAGAAGGAGACUGUCGAUGACAAGCUUGACGAGAAGGUGCCUAACAAGCCUGACGAGAAAGAACCUAGCCCGGUUAAGCCCGAUGAGAGGAAACCAAGUCUCAUCACGGCAGACGAUAAGGCACCCAGUCCAGUCAAGCCAGAUGACAAAGAGCCUAGCCCAGUCAAGCCUGAAGAGAGGAAGCCAAGUCUAAUCACAUCCGAAGAAAAGGCCCCUAGCCCAGAACAAUUCGACGAAAAAAUACCUAGCCCAGAACAAGUACACCUCGAUGAGAAAAGCCCAGUCAAGCCUGACGAGAAAACAACUAGCCCAGUCAAGCCUGACGAGAAGGUACCUAGUCCAGCCAAACCUGACGAGAAAGCACCCAGCCCUAUUAAGGUUGAUGAGAAGGAAACUGCAGAUGACAAGCUUGACAAGGCGCCUAGCCCAGCUAAGCUUGAUGAUAAAGAACCUAGUCCAAUCAAGACUGAUGAGGCUGCACCCAGCCUGGUCAAAGCUGAUGAGGAGGCACUCAGCCCAGUCAAAGCUGAUGAGGGCGGACUCAGCCCUGUCAAAACUGACGAGAAAAAAACAGAUGCCACGCUUGACGAGAAGAUGCCUAGCCCAGAUAAGCCUGGUGAAAAAAUAAUAAAACCAGUUAAACUUGAUUUAGUGUCUAGUUUCAAACCAAGUCCGGUUGAAUCAGAUGAAGAAGUUCUUAGUCCUGCUUUAGUGGACGACACUGAGCCUCUCACUACAAAUUUGGUUACCUCUGAACAGCAACUCCCUGAAAAUGUUGAAUCUAGGCUUGAUAUUUCUAUUGGUAAAGGUUUACCUUUAUUAGAAAAAGAAUCAUCGAAAGCUUUAGAUGAAAAAGAAAUUGAAAAACAGCUUUUUGGUUUUGAACCAAUAGGUGAAACUGAAGAAGAUACGACAUCACAAAUAGUAACAGUUACCGAAAGUGGUAUCGUCAUAAUUAGAAAAACAACAGUAACAACUAUCAUACAAGAAUAUUCAGAUGUUAGUAAGACAAUCACCAAAUAUAAAAUAACAGUAAUUUCAAUGGAGGCCGAUGAACUACCCGAUGGCACCAAAUUCAGUAGAAGUUUUAAAGAAGUUACUGUUGCGGAUACUAGACCUAAGAAGAGCACUGUUAAAAUUGAAGUUAAGGAGCCAACACCAAUUAAAGAUGUCAACCUUUUAUUAGCCAACAUUGAACCAGAAACUACUAAAACAUCUAGUCCAGACGAACAUAGCAAAAAGAGCACAAUGCAUGCCACAGAUAGUGAGCAAGUUACCAGCCCUGAUACGUUCGAUGAUUAUGAAGUUAGCUCGGUCAAAUCUGACGACAAGGAGACUGCAGAUGAUAAGCUUGACAAAAAGCUGCAAAGCCCAGUCAAGCCUGACGAGAAAACAACUAGCCCAGUCAAGCCUGACGAGAAAACAACUAGCCCAGUCAAGGCUGGUGACAAGGUGCCUAGCCCGGUCAAGCCUGACGAGAAAGCACCUAGCCCAGUCAAGCCUGACGAGAAGGAGACUGCCGAUGACAAGCUUGACGAGAAGGUGCCUAGCCCAGUCAAGCCUGACGAGAAAGAACCUAGCCCGGUUAAGCCCGAUGAGAGGAAACCAAGUCUCAUCACGGCAGACGAUAAGGCACCUAGCCCAGUUAAGCCAGCUGACAAAGAGCCUAGCCCAGUCAAGCCUGAUGAGAGGAAGCCAAGUCUAAUCACGGCAGACGAUAAGGCACCUAGUCCAGAACCUGAAUUCGACGAAAAAAUAAUAAGCCCAGCCCAAGUACACCUUGAUGAGAAAGUACCCAGUCCAGUCGAGCCUGACGAAAAUGCACCUAGCCCAGUCAAGCCUGACGAGAAAGCGCCUAGCCCAGUCAAGCCUGACGAGAAAACAACUAGCCCAGUCAAGCCUGAUGAGAAAGCACCUAGCCCAGUCAAGCCUGACGAGAAGGAGACUGCCGAUGACAAGCUUGACGAGAAGGUGCCUAGCCCAGUCAAGCCUGACGAGAAAGCGCCUAGCCCAGUCAAGCCUGACGAGAAAGCACCUAGCCCAGUCAAGCCUGACGAGAAAGCGCCUAGCCCAGUCAAGCCUGACGAGAAAGCACCUAGCCCAGUCAAGCCUGACGAGAAAGCACCUAGCCCAGUCAAGCCUGACGAGAAAGCACCUAGCCCAGUCAAGCCUGACGAGAAAACAACUAGCCCAGUCAAGCCUGACGAGAAAGAACCUAGCGCGGUUAAGCCCGAUGAGAGGAAACCAAGUCUCAUCACGGCAGACGAUAAGGCACCCAGUCCAGUCAAGCCAGACGACAAAGAGCCUAGCCCAGUCAAGCCAGAUGACAAAGAGCCUAGCCCAGUCAAGCCUGACGAGAAGGUACCUAGCCCAGCCAAACCUGACGAGAAAGCACCCAGCCCUAUUAAGGUUGAUGAGAAGGAAACUGCAGAUGACAAGCUUGACAAGGCGCCUAGCCCAGCUAAGCUUGAUGAGAUAGAACCUAGUCCAGUCAAGCCUGAUGAGAAGGCAGCCAGUCCAGUCAAGCCUGAUGAGGACGCACCCAGCCCGGUCAAGCCUGAUGAGAAGGAGGCUACAGACGACAAGCUUGACAAGGCGCCUAGCCCAGCUAAGCUUGAUGAUAAAGAACCUAGUCCAAUCAAGAACGAGAAAGGCCUAGCUCCAGUCAAGCCUGAUGAGAAAGCACCUAGCCCAGUCAAGCCUGACGAGAAAGCACCUAGCCCAGUCAAGCCUGACGAGAAAGCGCCUAGCCCAGUCAAGCCUGACGAGAAAGCGCCUAGCCCAGUCAAGCCUGACGAGAAAGCGCCUAGCCCAGUCAAGCCUGACGAGAAAGCACCUAGCCCAGUCAAGCCUGACGAGAAGGAGACUGCCGAUGAUAAGCUUGACGAGAAGGUGCCUAGCCCAGUCAAGCCUGAUGAGAAAGCGCCUAGCCCAGUCAAGCCUGACGAGAAAGCGCCUAGCCCAGUCAAGCCUGACGAGAAAGCGCCUAGCCCAGUCAAGCCUGACGAGAAAGCGCCUAGCCCAGUCAAGCCUGACGAGAAGGCACCUAGCCCAGUCAAGCCUGACGAGAAAGAGCCUAGCCCAGUCAAGCCUGACGAGAAAACAACUAGCCCAGUCAAGCCUGACGAGAAAACAACUAGCCCAGUCAAGCCUGACGAUAAAGCACCUAGCCCAGUCAAGCCUGAUGAGAAAGCACCUAGCCCAGUCAAGCCUGACGAGAAAGCACCUAGCCCAGUCAAGCCUGACGAGAAGGAGACUGCCGAUGACAAGCUUCAAGAGAAGGUGCCUAGCCCAGUCAAGCCUGACGAGAAAACAACUAGCCCAGUCAAGCCUGACGAGAAAGCACCCAGCCCAGUCAAGCCUGAUGAGAAAGCACCCAGUGCAGUCAAACCUGACGAGAAAGAGCCUAGUCCAGUCAAGCCUGGCGAUAAAGAGCCUAGUCCAGUCAAGCCUGACGAGAAGGAGACUGCCGAUGACAAGCUUCAAGAGAAGGUGCCUAGCCCAGUCAAGCCUGACGAGAAAGCGCCUAGCCCAGUCAAGCCUGACGAGAAAACACCUAGCCCAGUCAAGCCUGACGAGAAAGCACCUAGCCCAGUCAAGCCUGACGAGAAAGCGCCUAGCCCAGUCAAGCCUGACGAGAAAGCGCCUAGCCCAGUCAAGCCUGACGAGAAAACACCUAGCCCAGUCAAGCCUGAUGAGAAAGCACCUAGCCCAGUCAAGCCUGACGAGAAAGCGCCUAGCCCAGUCAAGCCUGACGAGAAAACACCUAGCCCAGUCAAGCCUGAUGAGAAAGCACCUAGCCCAGUCAAGCCUGACGAGAAAGAGACUGCCGAUGACAAGCUCGACGAGAAGGUGCCUAGCCCAGUCAAGCCUGACGAGAAAGCACCUAGCCCAGUCAAGCCUGACGAGAAGGAGACUGUCGAUGACAAGCUUGAAGAGAAGGUGCCUAGCCCAGUCAAGCCUGACGAGAAAGCGCCUAGCCCAGUCAAGCCUGACGAGAAAGCACCUAGCCCAGUCAAGCCUGACGAGAAAGCACCUAGCCCAGUCAAGCCUGACGAGAAGGAGACUGCCGAUGACAAGCUUGACGAGAAGGUGCCUAGCCCAGUCAAGCCUGACGAGAAAGCACCUAGCCCAGUCAAGCCUGACGAGAAGGAGACUGCCGAUGACAAGCUUGACGAGAAGGUGCCUAGCCCAGUCAAGCCUGACGAGAAGGAGACUGCCGAUGACAAGCUUGACGAGAAGGUGCCUAGCCCAGUCAAGCCUGACGAGAAAGCACCUAGCCCAGUCAAGCCUGACGAGAAGGAGACUGCCGAUGACAAGCUUCAAGAGAAGGUGCCUAGCCCAGUCAAGCCUGACGAGAAAGCACCUAGCCCAGUCAAGCCUGACGAGAAAACACCUAGCCCAGUCAAGCCUGACGAGAAAGCACCUAGCCCAGUCAAGCCUGACGAGAAGGAGACUGCCGAUGACAAGCUUGACGAGAAGGUGCCUAGCCCAGUCAAGCCUGACGAGAAAGCGCCUAGCCCAGUCAAGCCUGACGAGAAAGCACCUAGCCCAGUCAAGCCUGACGAGAAGGAGACUGCCGAUGACAAGCUUGACGAGAAGGUGCCUAGCCCAGUCAAGCCUGACGAGAAAGCACCUAGCCCAGUCAAGCCUGACGAGAAAGCACCUAGCCCAGUCAAGCCUGACGAGAAGGAGACUGCCGAUGACAAGCUUCAAGAGAAGGUGCCUAGCCCAGUCAAGCCUGACGAGAAAGCGCCUAGCCCCUAGCCUUUCAAGCCUGACGAGAAAGUACCUAGCCCAGUCAAGCCUGAUGAGAAAGCACCUAGCCCAGUCAAGCCUGACGAGAAGGAGACUGUCGAUGACAAGCUUGACGAGAAGGUGCCUAGCCCAGUCAAGCCUGACGAGAAAGCACCUAGCCCAGUCAAGCCUGACGAGAAGGAGACUGUCGAUGACAAGCUUGACGAGAAGGUGCCUAGCCCAGUCAAGCCUGACGAGAAAGCACCUAGCCCAGUCAAGCCUGACGAGAAGGAGACUGCCGAUGACAAGCUUCAAGAGAAGGUGCCUAGCCCAGUCAAGCCUGACGAGAAGGUGCCUAGCCCAGUCAAGCCUGAUGACAAAGAGCCAACUAGCCCAGUCAAGCCUGACGAGAAAGUGCCUAGCCCAGUCAAGCUUGACGAGAAAGUGCCUAGCCCAGUCAAGCCUGACGAGAAAGCGCCUAGCCCAGUCAAGCCUGAUGAGAAAGCACCUAGCCCAGUCAAGCCUGACGAGAAAGAACCUAGCCCGGUUAAGCCCGAUGAGAGGAAACCAAGUCUCAUCACGGCAGACGAUAAGGCACCUAGCCCAGUCAAGCCAGAUGACAAAGAGCCUAGCCCAGUCAAGCCUGACGAGAAAGUGCCUAGCCCAGUCAAGCCUGACGAGAAAGCACCUAGCCCAGUCAAGCCUGACGAGAAAGCACCUAGCCCAGUCAAGCCUGACGAGAAAGCACCUAGCCCAGUCAAGCCUGACGAGAAAGCACCUAGCCCAGUCAAGCCUGACGAGAAAGCACCUAGCCCAGUCAAGCCUGACGAGAAAGCACCUAGCCCAGUCAAGCCUGACGAGAAGGAGACUGCCGAUGACAAGCUUGACGAGAAGGUGCCUAGCCCAGUCAAGCCUGACGAGAAAGCACCUAGCCCAGUCAAGCCUGACGAGAAAGCACCUAGCCCAGUCAAGCCUGACGAGAAAGCACCUAGCCCAGUCAAGCCUGACGAGAAGGACACUGUCGAUGACAAACCUGACGAGAAAGCACCUAGCCUAGUUAAGCCCGAUGACAAGGUGCCUAGCCCAGUCAAACCUGACGAGAGGAAGCCAAGUCUAAUCACAUCCGAAGAAAAGGCACCUAGCCCAGUCAAGCCUGACGAAAAAAUACCUAGCCCAGAACAAGUACACCUCGAUGAGAAAGUACCCAGUCCAGUCAAGCCUGACGAGAAAGCACCUAGCCCAGUCAAGCCUGAUGAGAAAGCACCUAGCCCAGUCAAGCCUGACGAGAAAGCACCUAGCCCAGUCAAGCCUGACGAGAAAGCACCUAGCCCAGUCAAGCCUGACGAGAAAGCACCUAGCCCAGUCAAGCCUGACGAAAAAGCACCUAGCCCAGUCAAGCCUGACGAGAAAGCACCUAGCCCAGUCAAGCCUGAUGAGAAAGCACCUAGCCCAGUCAAGCCUGACGAGAAGGAGACUGCCGAUGACAAGCUUGACGAGAAGGUGCCUAGCCCAGUCAAGCCUGACGAGAAAGCACCUAGCCCAGUCAAGCCUGACGAGAAAACAACUAGCCCAGUCAAGCCUGACGAGAAGGAGACUGCCGAUGACAAGCUUGACGAGAAAGUGCCUAGUCCAGCCAAACCUGAUGAAAAAGCACCCAGCCCAGUCAAGCCUGGUGACAAAGAGCCUAGUCCAGUCAAGCCUGACGAGAAAACACCUAGCCCAGUCAAGCACGAUGAAAAGGCACCCAGCUCAAUCAAGCCUGAGGACGAAGAAAUCACGGAAGACGGGCUUCACGCGAAGGUGCCUAGUCCAAUCAAAUCUGAUGAGAAAGCACCCAGCCCAGUCAAGCCUGGUGACAAAGAGCCUAGCCCAGUCAAGCCUGAUGAGAGGAAGCCAAGUCUCAUCACACCAGAAGACAAGGCACCUAGCCCAGAACAUUUCGACGAAAAAAUACCUAGCCCAGAACAAGUACACCUCGAUGAGAAAGUACCCAGUCCAGUCCAGCCUGAUGAAAGAAAACCGAGUCUCAUCACGGCAGACGACAAAGCACCCAGCCCAGUCAAGCCUGAUGACAAAGAACCUAGCCCAGUCAAGCCUGGUGACAAAGAACCUAGCCCAGUCAAGCCUGACGAGAAAGCACCUAGCCCAAUCAAGCCCGAUGAAAAGGCUCCCAGCUCAAUCAAACAUGGUGGCGAAGAAAUCACGGAAGACGAGCUUCACGAGAAGGUGUCUAGUCCAGUCAAAUCUGAUGAGAAAGCACCCAGCCCAGUCAAGCCUGAUGACAAGGUGCCUAAUCCAGUUAAGCCUGAAGAGAAAGCACCUAGCCCAGUCAAGCCUGACGAGAAAGCACCUAGCCCGGUCAAGCCUGAAGACAAAAAACCUGCAGCUGACAAGUUUGAUGAAAAAGUAGUCAGUCAACAAACUUCUGACAAGUCAGAAGACAAGCCAUUUGUUCAAGAAAAAUUAGAUAAUGGAGAUAUAAGUCCAAGCAGUCCUGUACAAGAAACGUCUUAUACAUUCUUUAAUGACGCAGAAAUCGCGGAAAGACUGAAAGAUUUUAAGCCUAUGGGAGAGUCAGAAGAAAAAACUGUAACGCAAUAUUUGACGGUUACUGAAAAAGGUGUUGUAAUUUUGAGAACUUUUAUAAUUACUUCCAUUGUUCAAAAGUACUAUAGUAUUACUAGAACUACAAUUAUUUACAAAAUAGUUAUUAAUACUAUUGAAGAAGAUGAGUUGCCAGAUGGUACUAAAGUCAGGCGAACAUACAAGAAAACUACGCUGAGUGACACUAAGCCCAGUAUAGAACAACUUUUGCAGCUUUGUUCUCUAGAAAUGACUGACAAAGAACAAUAUAAAGAAACACAGGAAAUUGGGGAAAAAUUAAUAAAACCUGUAGAAUUAGGUAUCCUAUCAGUUCUUCCAACAGCAAUUUCCAAAGAAUUAAAAGAUGGUGACACAAUCAAAUCAGAUAAAGAAGAGCCAAAAUCUGUUAAACCUAGUGAAAUGGCUGACAAAAAAGAGCCAAGCCCUAUAAAACCUGAAGAUAAGGCACCCAGCCCCACAAGUGACCAGUUUGAUGAUAAAGCACCCAGCCCUACUAAUAAAGUUGAAAAACUUGAUGAAAAGGCACCCAGCCCAGUGAAAUUACCCGAAAAGACACCUAGUCCAAUCAGACCUGAAGAAGAUAAGCCCACACCUUCUAAGCCUGAUGAGAAGACGCUAAGCCCUGUUAAGUCAGAGGUGAAAGAACUACAAACUAAACCUGAUGAGGAUGAUUUCAGCGAAAUUAAACCUGAAAUGGGAUUAGAUGAAGAUUUUGAUUCGAUUGGUGAACCCAUAGAAGACACCACUACAGAAACCGAAACAGUUACUGAAGACGGUGCGAUUAUUAAGAGAAAGACCACUAUUACUACAACUACACAGGAAUUCAUCAACACAGCUCGGACUGUUAAGCGUAUCAAAACGAUAAUCAGAACCGUAGUAGAAGAUGAGCAUCCAGAUGGUUCCGUCAUCAAGAAGACUAGCGAAAACAUCACAUUAGCGGAUGAAAGUAUUGUAGAGGCCACAGAAGAUACUGAUGAAGCCGACGAUGCAAAGAUUGAAGAAAUUCUAAGCAAUCUUACCCCAUCAGAACCUGAAAUCGACGAAAAUGUCCAAACUGAAGAAAUCACUGAAAAUAAAAUCAUAAUACAGAGAACUAUUGUUACUAAGAUCAUUAAAACAAAGUACUCUGACAGCCGUGGUGUGCCACACAAGAUUAAAACAGAAACAGUUAUAACUACAAGUGAUAAAUAUCCUGAUGGCACAACGAAGACAACUGUUGAUACAAGUAUCACAAUUACUGACAUUAGCGUCGAAGAACAUCUAACAAAGCAAACGAUACAUGCCGAGGAAAGCACUGUUACCAAAUCCAAACCAAUCAAAGCUGAUGAGGAAGUGCUUGACCCAUUAAAACCUGCUGGAAAACCGUCCAGUCCAAGCAAACCUGAUGAGGACACAUCGAGCCCACUAAAACCUGAUCUGAAACCAGACCAAGGUAAAUCCGAUGAACAAUCACCCAGUCCAAUCAAAACUAAAGAGGAAGCAUCCAGCCCAGUUAAACAAGAUGAGAAGGGAGUUGAUCUUGAAGAAAAGAAACCUACAAGUGAAAAGGAUCGACCAUUAGAAAAGAGUGAAGGUUCUACAAAGGAAAUGGAAAGAAAAUCCAAGGAUGAUGAAAAAGACAUUGACGAAAAGGAACACCUUGACCAACCUACUUCUAUUACAAGUAGUAGGACGACACCUGAGAAAGAAAUCUCAACCAAAAUUGAGGAAAAACCAGAUCAUGCUGUUGAAGGUGAAAUAGUUCCAAAAUCAAUAAGUUUAACAGAAACAAAACCAGGCAAGCCUUCAAUAGAUGAAAAAGUAGAUAUGCCUGAUUUAGAUAUGGAUGAAAAGGAAAUUUACGAAGAUGGCGAGUCAGUAAGUGAAGACAGUCAAGUAUUAGAAAAAGUUGACGAGAAACCUAUUUCGGUUGUUACAACAAAAUCCCUAAUCAGUGAAUCUGAAGAAAUGCUGAAACAAGAAAAAAUGGCUAUUUCUCAGUCACAUCACACAGUUAAGUCUCACGACAUCAAAAAGAGAUCUAUCGUGGAUGAAAUGAUUGAGAGCACAACAGAUACUGCCACUCCCAUUCCACAUGGUAGCAGUUCUGAAGAUGUGUCUAGAGAAAUGAGUCUUGAAGAAAAAUAUAGUUUUGAAGGCACUGAAAAAUCGGAAAAGAAAUCUUUCAAAGAUAAGUUACAUUCUGAUGAAACAUCUAGUCAUAAAGUGGAUUCAUUAACUUUUGACGACUCAGUCACUUCAACGUUAAAGGAUACGGAUUCAACAAGAGUUCAUGAUGACAAAACUCAAGAACUCGGGUCACCUAAAGAUGAAAUUCCUUUGUCUGAAGCAUCUGAUUCAGGAGUUCAUAGCAUACCUACAGAUCUAGGACCAAGUGACGAAAAAUUUGUGGUACAAGCAAUGAAAGAUAGUGCUGUACAUCUUAUGGAAUCAAUACAUAAGGCGUUUGAAGAAGAUACUGUACAACAAGGAAUCAAGACUGAAAGCAUUGAAUCUUUAGUAAGGGUAUCUACUCCCCCAACAGUUCCAGUAAGCCCACUUCCUAAGACUCCUAGUAGCUUCCAAGAUGUGAAGAUCAGCGAUGGAGUUCAAAGUGAAGUCACAUACGACAAGUCCGAUGGCAGUGAGGAGACGAUUACAAAAGUGGUUCAUGUCGGAGAUGACGUACUCACACAAAGGAUUUCAACAUCAACUGAAAAGGUACCCAAAAAGACGACCACCCUAGCAGACGAUGAAUCGGAUCUCUUAUCUCUAAUGCAAAAUGUAGGAAAGAUCAAAACUGAAACUGAUACUGUAACAAAGAUUAUCAAAGAAGGUGAAAAUGUUGUAACACAGACUAUAACUACUGUGACUACUAAAGAAGUAAUCUCAAGAGAAGAUGGAACACCUCAAAACAUUAAGACCACUAUAGAAACCACAACACUUAGCAAAGGAUCUGAUGGUUCUACAACCACAACAAAAGACACACAAACAUUACUUUCAGAAUGUUCUUCCAGCCUUAGAUCUACCUCAUCAAUGGAUUUAUAUGCAAAAGAUAGAAUAGAUAAAGAUUAUUUGGAAAGCGAAGAGAAGUUUGAAAUUCGUGAUUUGACUGAUAAACGCGAGUCUUCCGUGCCUAAAGAUGUAGAAUCUCUCAAAUCCUUUUUAAGUGAGACUGAUGAAUCAGACGACAACAUUGAAGAUACAAUCAUCGAUACGGAUGUUAGUAAACGAAUAAUCAAAGAAAAUAACAAAGACGUUGUGGAAACUGUAACAACAACAACUAAAAAGGAAACAAUCAAGGUCAGUGAUCUUAAAAAGUUGAUCCGAACAACAAUCGAAACAAACGUCACUAAAGAACAUCCCGAUGGUUCAAAAGAUGUUCAGAAAAACGUUGAAGUUAAGACUGAAGAAAUUAUUUUAGAUUCUAGCAGUAAUUUAGAUAACAUUCUUAGUGAAUUUGUAAUUUGUGGUGAGCCUGAAGAAAGCGUCACAUCCAAAACAGAAGAAAUUAAACAAGAAACCUUUACCAUUAGACGUACAAUUGUCACAAGAGUAGUUAAAACAAAAUAUGCAAACAAACAAGGCGUACCCAAAAAACUUAAGACUGACACAACUAUUACUACCACGGACGAUUACCCUGAUGGAUCAUCUCGCACUAAAGUAGAUAGCAGUACAUCGCUGACAGAUAUUGAAGUAGAACCCGCAGAAAGCCUUGAGCUCCAAGGCAUGGUUUUAGUCGAAGACAAGUCAGUUGAAACUGAUCAGUGUGAAAAGAAUAUUACUAUUGAUGGAAAAAGUGCUAUGCAAAUUGUAACUACCACAACAACAAAGGAAAUUUUGAGUAAUAUUGAUAGAACUAAGAAAAAGCUUAAGACCACCGUUGAAACUGUUACAGAAACUAUGCUUCCCGACAGUACUACAGAAGUUACGAAGGAUGUCAAAGUUUCUGUAUCAGAUAUCGGAAUAGAUGCUGUAGAUGAAAGUCUCGAAGGCUUUGAAUCAAUUGGCAAACCCAUGGAAGACACCACUACAGAAACCGAAACAGUUACUGAAGACGGUGCGAUUAUUAAGAGAAAGACCACUAUUACUACAACUACACAAGAAUUCAUCAACACGGCUCGGACUGUUAAGCGUAUCAAAACGAUAAUCAGAACCGUAGUAGAAGAUGAGCAUCCAGAUGGUUCCGUCAUCAAGAAGACUAGCGAAAAAAUAACAUUAGCAGAUGAAAGUAUUGUAGAGGCCACAGAAGAUACUGAUGAAGCCGACGAUGCAAAGAUUGAAGAAAUUCUUAGCAAUCUUACUCCAUCAGAGCCUGAAAUCGCUGAAGAAGUUCAAACUGAAGAAAUCACUGAAAAUAAAAUCAUAAUACAGAGAACUAUUGUUACUAAGAUCAUUAAAACAAAGUACUCUGACAGCCGUGGUGUGCCACACAAGAUUAAAACAGAAACAGUUGUAACUACAAGUGAUAAAUAUCCUGACGGCACAAUAAAGACGACUGUAGAUACAAGUAUCACAAUUACAGACGUUAGCGUCGAAGAACAUCUAACAAAGCAAAAAGUACAACCUGAAGAAAGCAAAGUCACCAAACAGGAAGACAAACCUUCAAAACCAGUGGUUAACGGCGUUCAGGAAGAAAUAAUAGCUAAACAAAUAUCAGAUAAACCCAAAGAUGCUGAAGCAUCUCCCACGGAAGAGGAAACACCAAUACACGAUGAUGAAGUUUCGUCAGAAAGCAGCAAAGUAGAUGCCGCUCUAAAAGAAUUUCUUCCUGUAGGUGAACCUGAAGUAAGUGAAUCUAGCGAGUCCAUUGAUGUUAAAGAGAAAGAUAUAAUCAUCAAAAGAACCAUCGUAACUAAAAUAAUCAAAACGAAAUAUUCUGAUAAACAAGGCAAUCUCAGAAAACUGAAGACUGUUACAAUUCUCACCACAACUGACCAGUAUCCAGACGGUUCAGCUCGUACAAUAGUAGAAAGUAGCACUUCAGUUACCGACAUAGAAGUUGAAACUGCAGAUGAUGUUGAAGGCUUUGAUCCUGUUGGAGAACCAAUCGAAGACACUACUACUGAAACUAAAACUGUAACCGAAGACGGUGUAAUUAUUAAAAGGAAAAUAACUAUUACUACAACUGUGCAAGAGUACACUAACGGAGAACAAAACAUUAAGCGAACUAAAACAACAGUAAGGACAGUAAUAGAAGAUGAACAUCCCGACGGUUCUGUUGUUACUAGAGCUAGUGAAAAGAUCUCAUUAGUAGAUGAAACUCUUAAGGCUCACGAACCUACUCCUGAGGAACAGGCUGAAAUGAAAAAGCUAGAAGCUGCACUUAAAGAUUUGUCGCCCUCAGGCGAACCUGAAGUAAGUGAAGAUACGGACAUCAAGGAAAUUAAGGAAGAUGGCAUUCAAAUAAAAAGAAUAAUUGUUACUAAAAUUGUCAAAACAAAAUAUAUGGACAGCCAACACGUUCUCAGGAAACUAAAAACAGUAAAAACUGUUACAACAACCGAUGAAUAUCCUGAUGGCGCUGCAAAGACAACUGUGGAUACUAGUACAUCAAUCUCUGAAAUCAAAGAAGACCAAAAAGAUAUUCCAAGUCAACAUAUAGCAGGCUAUGAGCAAGUUGGUGAUGUACAAAUUAACGUAGAAACUAAGCAUAAUUUGAUAUUAAGAGAAGGAAAAGAACUUCAACAAAUAAUCACAAUUAAGACAACAAAGGAAGUUCUUGAAUCACAAGGGAAAGAAAAAGUAAGAACUACUGUAGAAACUGAAAGUCAAAUUGGACUGCCUGACGGAAACACAGAAAUAACACGAGACAAAAAAGUAACACUUGACGAUUAUAAAUCAGAAACAUUCUACGAAAACCUUGUAGGAUACGUUGAAAUCGACAAACCAAAAGAAUCAGUGCAAACUGCUGAAGAUUCUAUCACAGAAAAUGGUAUCAAGAUCAUCAGGAAAACUACCGUCAUCACAACUACACAAGAAUUUGAAAACACUGUUACACGUUCUAGGAAAAUUAAAACAACAAUCAGGACUGAAACUGAAGAUGAAUAUCCUGAUGGCACUGUGAUCACCAAAAAGAAGGUAACUGUCACAAUUACUGAUGUGACUAGUCAUUCAUACAAAAAGCAUGACGACGCUCCAGAACGACCGGAUGACUUGCCCAUUAGCGAUACGGAAAUCGUUGAAAGUAUGACUGAGGACUUCGACGUCAAAAACGAAAUAUUACAACGUGGAACUAUCACCAUAAGACGCAAAAUCACAAUAGCGACCAAGCGAGAAUUCCUGGCUAGCAACGAUGUGAAUAUUAAGCGCGUACGAACGACUGUUGAAACUACAACUGUGGACGAAUUCCCUGACGGCGCAACGGAAACGACGAAAGAUGUAAAAAUAACAAUCUCGGAAUUCCAAAAGACAUCGGACAGUGAUUUACAAGCGGCAUUGCAAGGAUUAGAACCAACCGGUAAAGUAAAGACAUCUGUCGAUAAAAAGACUAAUAUUAUCAAAUCCGAGCAUGGUGAAAAAAUAACUCAGACAAUCACAACAAAUGUCACUAAAGAGGAACUUUGUCACUGUAAAACGAACGACGUUGCUGUCAAAACAGUGACGGAAACAAUCACUGAAAAUGCUAAAGAUGAUGGCACAGUGGAAACAACGAAAGAUGUUCGCACACAAAUCACAUAUCUACCUCCAGGAACAGGGCUCGAUGAUUGGUCACCAGAAGAACUGGAAGAAAUAGAGAAACAACCUAUUGUUCAGGAAGAAAGGCAAAUUCUGGAUGAAGUGCCCGCAGACACUCAGAAACCAGCUGACACAAAAGACAAGUCAGAGUCUAAGCCCAAGAAACAACGGUCACCAGUUGGAGAAAUAACCACUGACACGGAAACUUACACCAAAGUUAUCAAAGAAGGAGACAAUGAAAUUACACAAACAAUCACUGUUGUCACUACUAAAGAAGUAAUCAGCCCCGAAAAAAUUAAAAUAACCGUUGAAACCACUACAGUGAGCAAAGGAAGUGACGGUGUCACCAAGACCACAAAAUCCACAAAGACCACAAUUUCCGAAUUUCGGGAAGAAUAUGAGGAAACUGUAGAUACUGGUGAAAGUGAAAAAUCAUUCUCCAAACUCUCAUCUAAAACUGGAGAUAUGCGAAGUUCAUCAGCAGCGAGCGACGACUUGGACCACCCUGGUAUAUCCUCACCACCAUCAGAUAUCAGCUCGAGAGGGUCAAGAGCUGCCACUCAUAUCUGGGGCACAGAGAGCAGCGGAAUGUAUUAUAGUGACGAAGACGGCCAGGGUAGUCCCAGCAGUACAAAGUCUCAGAUCGCACAUUCACCGAGGUCAAAUCUCAGCUUUGAAUUAGACACCGCCAAAUCGCAACAGGACUUGUUCGAAAAACCAGACCCGAUGUCAACUUCAAUUUACGGACAACUUCCUGAAGACGACUCGUAUAAAUCUUCAUCACAUUCUGAAGUAACGACCACUGAGCUACUGACGAGCUCGGCUAGAAAAAUGACGGAAGACUUCUUAACAAAAGAACGAACAGAACAUCAGAAACAUAGCGAUGCUACCUUCUUGAAAGAAGCUGACGAACACUUUGAGAAAGCAAUCGAAGAACAUAAGAAGGUUAGCGGAUCUCAGGUUAUUUCAAACAUAACAGCGAAGUACGAACUUGACUCGAAGUUCCACUCUAGCUCGAGUCACUCAUCGAAAGAAGAAAGUACAAUCACAUUAAAGGACAUUAAAUCUGAAACUAAAAAAGUGACAGAAAGCAGUUCAUCAAGCAAACAGGAAACGAAAUACGAGAAAUCUGAAGUUACCAGUGAAACUAGUAAACCAUCCAAAGAUCCUAUCGAGUCUUGGGGAAAGCCACUAGGUCUGCCCAGUCCGAUCGGACCACCAACGCAAGCAGAUGGCAAGAGCACUCCUAAAAAGCAAGCGAACUCAAAUGUAUUGAACAAAAAUAAGAUCAACCAAGAGAAGAGCAAGGAAGCGAAGAGUCGCGCAUCAGAGUCUCCUAGCAAGAAGAAGGCUCCCGCACCUGUCUACAUGGAACUGACGUAUGUUCCACAUCAUGGCAACUCGUACUAUUCAGCCAUUGAAUUCUUCAAACGAGUCCGGGCGCGCUACUACGUGUUCUCCGGAACAGAGCCAUCGAAGGAAAUCUACAACGCCCUGCUCGACGCCAAGAAGACAUGGGAAGAUAAAGAUUUAGAAGUCACCAUAAUCCCAACGUAUGACACCGACGUUCUUGGCUACUGGGUGACAGAGAACGAGGAAGCUCUGGAGAAGUACAAGAUCGACCUCUCGCCGUCUGCGUCACGGUGCACCAUCAACCUUCAGGACCAUGAGACAUCGUGUGCGGCCUAUAGACUCGAGUUCUAGGUUUCGGGUCUAUUUGUGGCCUUCUCAUCGAAGAAGUGAGCCCCUUCCGCGGAGUCGCAGCUUACGAACCGAAUGAACCAAAGAAAAGUGUAAUUGUUGUUGUAGAAUAAAAAGGCUGUGAUAAUGAAAGAAGUGAUCGUAACCAGCGACUCCUGUGGCCACUACUUCGCGUGAGAGCGUUUGCAAAUAGAUGCCGAGUUUUUGUGAUAUUUGAAUGCAAUUAACAGACUGCUAAAGAGUUUGAUAAAAUCUUAGUUAUAAUGAACGUAACGAUAACCGAUGCGAUAACGAAAGUGCUGGUGUCAAUGUGUUGUGCUACCCACGGCCGAGUCGUAACUCCCAAACUGACAGUGUCCUGACCACAUCCAAUGUAAAGUCAAUAACCAAUUCUCGACCUAAGAACAGAGACGUCCAUUUUUUUCUAAAAUACAACUGUUUUCUAG